UUGUCAAAACAUUGGAGGCCUAUAUUAAGUGUCAACACUGGCCAGACUUUUCAAUGUUUUCAUGCCAGGAGUUAACAUGUAUCGGUAUCUAGGAGUUCUGUGCGUGCUGGCUGUAGCAUCGCGAGCUGCUAACAUUCGACACAUGAGCGUACAGGACAAAACAGACGAUCAGCAUGUCGAAAAUCUGAAAGCAACAACCUUCGCUUUUAACAAAGUCUUCCAAGAUCACAUGGUCUUACAGAAGGCUCCACAGAGAGCAAACAUCUUCGGAUUUUCUCCUAAUGUUGGCCAGAAGGUCACCCUUGAGCUGGUAACAGUGCCGGCUACGAGGACCUCCAGCUAUGAAACGACUGUACAGCCGGGUCAAGGACCAGCCGCCGGCAUUGGAGUCUGGAACUUUGUCCUUGACCCCUUCGCCGCUGGUGUCACCGUGAACAUCAAGGUAGACUCUGCGGGUAGCACGCUGACCAUCAAUGACGUCAUCUUUGGGGAUGUGUGGAUCUGUUCUGGACAGUCCAACAUGCAGAUGACAGUCAGCAUGAUCUUAGGAGCUGCAGACGAGAUAGCCAAUGCCUACAAAUAUCCCAACAUUCGAUUGAUGACCAUUGAUUUGAUCGAUGCCCCGACUCCCCAGUAUGACCUCAUUAAACUGGAGGAGAAUUGGUCCAAGCCUGCUAACGACACUGUGGGACACUGGGACUGGAGUUACUUCUCCGCGGUCUGUUGGCUAUUCGGUAAGGAGGUUCACCUUGCCAGGAACUACCCCAUCGGACUGAUCUCCACCAACUGGGGAGGCACUCCUAUUAAGGCUUGGUCCUCCCCUGAAGCUUUGGCCACCUGUGGGGUCACUGAUUACUUCCCUAAUGCUGGAGUUCUAGGCAGCUACCUUCCAAAGCCAGACUUUGGUAACCGAUUCAAUGCAGUGCCUGAGAACAACUCUGUGGUCUGGAAUUCUAUGAUCUAUCCAAUACUUGGCAUGACACUCUAUGGAGCUAUAUGGUACCAAGGGGAGUCCGACGCAUGGGGUGUUAGGAUGCCAAUCUACAACUGUACAUUCCCGACUAUGAUCAAAGACUGGCGGAAAAAUUUCAACAAGUUUUCAAACGGUCAAACAAGUGCCUCGUUCCCGUUUGGAUUUGUCCAGUUGGCACCGUAUCUUCGAAAUGGACCCAAAGAAGGAUUUUCUGACAUCCGUUGGCACCAGACGGCAGACAGAGGUUAUGUUCCCAAUCCAGACAUGCCAAGUGUCUUCAUGGCUGUCACUAUCGACUUGCCAGAUUUCAAUUCGACCUAUGACCCAAUUCACCCAAGACAUAAGAAAGAAAUUGGAACCAGGCUCAGGAUUGCGGCCAUGUCAGUCGCGUAUCAACAAAGCGGCAUAUUUCAAGGGCCACUACCCACUGGCUCUAGUCUCACGUCUGCUGGUCUACUUGUGGAUUACGGAAGCGUCUGGACGAUAGAGGUCCGCGUCAACGACGGAUUCGAGGUGCAGUGUACCACAGCUGGUAACUGGGUGGCUACCACUAUAGUGGCCCACACGCCGACCACAGUUACCCUCAAAUCGGACGUCUGCAGCGCCGGAACGAAAAUCAAUGGCUUGCGCUACGCCUGGUCGCAGUCCCCGUGUGAGCUGUACCAGUGUCCAGUGUAUGAGACGUCACUAGGCCUUCCAGCUCCUCCAUUCGUGUCAUACGCUGAUUUUGACAGUUUGGGCAAUCCUUACUUUACAUUUGACAAGCCCACACAUGUUUAAUGGUCUUAUUUAGACUGGUCUAAUGUACAAUCGUCUAAUGUACAAUAGUCUAAUGUAUACUGGUCUAAUGUUUAAUGGUUUAAUGUAAACUGGUCUAAUGUAUAAUGAUCUCAUGUAUAAUGGUCUAAUGUACAGUGGUCUAAUGUAAAAUGGUCUAACGUAUAAUGGUCUCAUGUUUUUUUCUUCUUAAAAUCAUGUCAUAGCGACCUACAAUAAAUCGAUUUCCUUCAAUAAAAAUAUUAGCACUUUUUAA